AUGGCCAGCAAGGCAAUCCCAUCGCACCUUCGCGCCCCCAACCCCGAUCCUCGCUCCGCUGAGGAAGGCAACUCCUUCGUCAGGCACCAUGGCAAGUCGCAAUCGCACAUGGCGUUCGAGCAUGCCUCGACCAGCGUCGCCGCUUCGCAGAUGCGCAAUGCCCUCAAUGCCCUCGCAGACACCGUCAAGGACCCCAAGGAGAAGAAGCGCUUCGAGGCCGAGAUGGACAACUUCUUCUCCCUCUUCCGCCGCUUCUUGAACGACAAGGCCCGAGGCAAUGUCCUCUCCUGGGACCGUAUUGCUCCUCCGCAGCCGAGCCAGGUCGUUGAAUACAGCGAGCUCAGCAACUCCGCAUCCGUCGACUAUCUCAAGAAAUUGGCCGUCAUCAAGCUGAACGGCGGCCUGGGCACCUCCAUGGGCUGCGUCGGCCCAAAGUCCGUCAUCGAAGUGCGCGAAGGCAUGUCUUUCCUCGAUCUCUCCGUCCGUCAGAUCGAGCACCUCAACCGCACCUACAACGUCAACGUUCCCCUCGUGCUGAUGAACUCGUUCAAUACCGACGACGACACCCAGUCCAUCAUUAAGAAAUAUGAAGGCCAUAACAUCGAUAUCAUUACGUUUAACCAGUCUCGCUACCCCCGCGUGCUCAAGGACUCUUUGCUCCCAGCGCCCAAGAGCUACUAUUCCCCAAUCACAGACUGGUACCCUCCCGGCCACGGAGACGUGUUCGAGUCCCUUUACAACUCGGGCACCCUGGACAAGCUGAUUGAACGCGGCGUGGAGAUUGUCUUCUUGUCCAACGCGGACAACCUGGGAGCAGUGGUCGACAUGCGCAUUCUGGAGCACAUGGUCAAGAAAGAAUCCGAGUACAUCAUGGAACUGACCGACAAGACCAAGGCGGACGUCAAGGGUGGCACCAUCAUCGACUACGAGGGCAAGGCUCGCCUGCUGGAAAUCGCCCAGGUGCCCAAGGAGCAUGUGAAUGAGUUCAAGUCCAUCAAGAAAUUCAAGUACUUCAACACCAACAACAUCUGGCUGAACCUUCGCGCGAUCAAGCGCGUCGUGGAGGAAAACGCCCUUGAGAUGGAAAUCAUUCCCAAUGAAAAGUCCAUCUCGGCAGACAAGAAGGGAGAGGCUGACAUCUCCAUCGUCCAAUUGGAGACGGCCGUCGGGGCGGCAAUCCGUUUCUUCAAGAACGCCCACGGCGUGAACGUUCCCCGUCGCCGCUUCUUGCCCGUCAAGACCUGCUCCGACCUCAUGCUGGUCAAGUCGGAUCUCUACACUCUCCAGCACGGCCAGCUGGUCAUGGAUCCCAACCGCUUCGGCGGCGCUCCGCUCAUCAAAUUGGGAACCGACUUCAAGAAAGUUUCCGACUUCCAGAAGCGUAUUUCCAGCAUCCCUCGCAUCCUCGAGCUCGACCAUCUGACCAUCAGUGGAGCCGUCAACCUGGGUCGCGGCGUCACUCUCAAGGGAACCGUCAUCAUCGUGGCUACGGAGGGCAGCACAAUCGAUAUUCCACCCGGCUCCAUCCUGGAAAAUGUUGUUGUCCAGGGAAGUCUGCGUAUCUUGGAGCACUAG